AUGAUUGUUGGUCAACUUAUCCCCGUGGACAUCACAUUUGAUGAUGAAGUGCAGGCUCAAUUGAUUCUGUCGCAGUUGCCGGAUAGUUGGGCAGGUUACGUGACUACAAUUAGCAACUCAGCAGGGAAUGAGAAGUUGAAGCUGAACGAGGUUGCUAGCAUGAUUCUAUCCGAGGAGGAUGAGAAGAACAGGAAAAUCACCAGGAGCAGGGAUGUGAUAUUUAAUAAGGAGGUGAUGUAUAAGGACAUAGACAAUGCUAAGAAUAGCCAAAGCAAUGGGAGCAGCACUACGGAUGUAGGUGUAUCCGAGUACAUGGAUUUAGAGGAACUUCCAGAUGGGGAAGACAAUAGGUUCUUGAAGGGUCUAAGCUACGAGAUCAGGAGUGAUCGUGAAUGCCUCUCUGGUUUCCCUCAUGCUAGAUAUGGUAUCAUCAGAGGUGAUUGCGGAGCAGGUAAUUCAUCAUCCUGGACGACAGAUUUUCUCUCGUGGAAGCAUUUUGAUCUGAGCUUUGAUGCUUCAGUUGUAAUUUUCUCAAAUACCGAGACCCUUUGUGAAAUGAUCAUGGGGCAACUACAUUUUGAUAAUAUUGCCCUGGAGAGUGAUGAAAACAAGAAGUACAAUGCCAUAUUAGUCGUGAAGGGGUUCCAACAAAGGGAAGAAGUGGACUAUACAAAGAUAUUUUCCUCCAUUGUGAAGCUUACAACCAUCAGAUCGGUGUUAAGCUUAGUAGCUGCAGAAGAUCUCUACCUUGAACAAUUAGACGUGAAGAUUGUCUUUCUUCAUGGAGGAAGUGGUCGGUACUAUGGGGAUACGUGGAUGCAGAUUUCGCUGGUGAUCAUGAUACGAGGUGAAGCACCACAAGACAGAUUCCUUAUAUGUUCUGAUUGGGAUAAAAAAUUCCCUGCAUGCAUUCAGUUCUCCCCCACAGCUCUGGGUUCUGAUCAUUCUCCGCUUGUUCUUGAUAGUAAAGGGAUUAACUCAGUUGUUCCUAUCUUUAGAUUUGAAAGGAGUUGGCUUCAUAAUCCAAGUUUUUUACCUUUCAUUUCUAGUUGUUGGACAUCUUUUAGUUGUCAGGGCUCUCCAGUGGAUAUUUUCAUCUUGAAACUCAAGCUUACAAAAAAAAGAAUCAAAUGGUGGAACAAAAACUUUUGCGGAUCUGUUGCUUCAAGAAAAUCUGAAAUCCUAUCUAAAAUAAAUGCUUUGGACGUGCUUGAAGAGCAUAGGCCUCUUUCUGAUUCUGAAUUAUAUGACAGAAAGGGACUUCACUCUUCCUUUUCUGCAAUUAUCCAAGAAGAAGAAACUUAUUGGCAUCAAAGGUCAAGAGUCCAAUGGCUAAAAUUGGGCGAUUCUAAUACUGCUUUUUUUCAUAAAACUGCUACCUUUCGUAGAAAUGCUAAUUAUAUAUCUUGUAUCAACUAUCAAGGAAAGGAGCUCUCAAAUGAUCAUCAUAUUUCUGAAGCUUUCUGUGAGUAUUUCAGUAGUAUCUUUGGUCAGAGUAAUAGGUCAAAAAUGAAUUUAGACUGGUCCAUUUUAUAUCCUCAGGAAGAAUCUUUUCUGAAUUCUUUAGAUGAUGUUUUUACGGAGUCUGAGAUAAAAUGUGCAGUUUUUGGUAUGAAUGCCAAUAAGGCCCCAGGCCCUGAUGGUUUCUCCAUGGCCUUCUAUCAAACUUUUUGGGAGACAAUCAAAUAUGAUCUUAUAAAAUUGAUGAUCUUUCUUCAACAACAGCCUUCAAACCUCCACAGGUUAAAUAAGGUUUUCAUUACGCUUAUCCCAAAAACCAAGGACAGUGUUCAUAUGAAUGACUUCAGACCUAUUAGCUUAAUUAAUUGUAUCUUCAAGAUUUUCUCCAAAAUCCUGGCUAACAGACUUUCUACUGUCAUUCCCAAUUUGGUUGCAUCUACUCAAUCGGCUUUUCAAUCAGGGAAAUCAACCCUUGAUUCUAUCAUUAUGGCAAAUGAGAUGAUCCACUAUUGUUCUAAGAGAAGAAAAGAAGUAGCAAUGUUUAAGAUUGACUUCUCUAAAGCUUUUGAUUCCAUUAAUUGGAAUUUUCUUAUUGGCCUUCUCAAAGCUAGAGGUUUUGGUAGCAAAUGGUGCAAUUGGAUUUAUCAUAUUGUAUCCUCUUCUAGCUGCUCCGUUAAAGUUAAUGGUCUUCCAUCUAAAUUUUUCUCUUGUAAGAGAGGUCUUAAACAAGGAGACCCCUUAUCACCAAUGCUUUUUAAUAUUGCAGUUGAUGCACUGAAUAAAAUGAUUCACAACAAUGUGGAAGAUGGCCUCCUUUCAAAUCUUGGUAUUAAGUUACCUCUUAAUCAGUUAAGAAUUUUGCAAUUUGCUGAUGAUACUCUUUUAUUCGUUAGAAGUUCUUACAAGGAUAUAUCUGUUUUAAAAACAAUCCUGUACAUCUUUGAGGAGGUAUCUGGUCUGGGAAUAAAUUAUUCCAAGUCUUCCAUUGUAUACUUUGGCAAAAUAUCUACGAGGGGACAAUAUCUUUCAGAACUUCUUUGCUGCAAAAUUGGCACUUUACCAAUCAAAUAUCUUGGUUUACCUCUGCGGUAUGGGAAGCUUAGAAAAACUGACUGGGAACCUCUCUUAGACAAUUUUCAUAAAAAAUUGUCUACUUGGAAGAAGAAUUCUUUGUCUUAUGGAGGGAGGUUAGUCCUUCUUAAUUCAGUUCUUACAUCCAUUCCAUUAUAUUUCAUGUCAUUCUACAAAUUGCCUACUUGGGUUAUCAUUGAGAUUGACAAAAUCAAAAAGAGUUUUCUAUGGUCGGAGAGUUCUCAAAAUAGCAGUUUUAAGUGCUUAGUCAAUUGGAAGAAAGUAUGUUUAAGCAAAUCAGAGGGAGGAUUAGGAGUAAAAGAUAUUCGUGUUUUCAACUGUGCUCUUCUAGCUAAAUGGCUAUGGAAAUAUCUUGAUCCUAAUUCUCAUACUGGUAUUUUCCUUCGUCAACUUUAUAAUCACAGAGGCUCUUUAAUCCAAAUAUUACAUGCUAAUGCUAACAAUUCCUCCUUCUGGAAUACUCUCAUUUCUUUUAAAGAGGAGUUUUUUCAACAUAUUAUUUGGACUAUUGGUUCAGGUGAAAGGAUUAGAUUUUGGGAGGAUAAGUGGAUUGGACAUAACUCAUUAUCUAGUCUUUUUCCUUCUCUUUAUCAGUUGGCAUUAUCAUCAAAUGUGAAUGUUCGUAGUCAAGGCUUUUUUAGAGAUAAUGCUUGGCAUUGGAGCUUAUUGCUAAGAAGAUGUAUUCCUCAUAUGUCUCGUACAGAUAAAUCCAAUCUCUUGAAUCUGAUAGGAAGCUAUCAAAUUUCUACUCAUUCUGAUAUUCCUAUAUGGUCGCUUACAACUAAUGGUAUGUACUCUGUCAAAUCCUUCUAUCAGUUACUCAAUUUCAGAGGCAUUAAAUCACCUUUCUACAAAGUCAUAUGGAAAAAUGCUAUUCCAAGCAAGGUCAGUGUUUUCAUUUGGCUUUUAUCUAUGAACAAACUGCAUACAAAAGAUAACUUACUGAUGAAAGGAUGGCAUGGAGAUUUUAUUUGUAUUUUCUGUGGGUUGGAACCAGAAACAAGAGACCACUUGUUCUUUUCCUGUUGUAGGACUACUCAGGUCUGGGGACAUUUUAAAGAUUAUUAUCUUCCUUUUACAUGGCCAAAUUCUUUUGAUAUUCUUAUGAAAACUAUUGAGAAUCUAAGGGGAGGCACAGGAUAUAUAUGGCGUGGAAUCUUCUCUCACGUUUGCUGGAAUAUUUGGAGUUGUAGAAAUAAAGUUCUGUUUGACAAAGUAAACUUUUCUUCUAAGAUGAUCAUUGAUCAGUCAAUUUUUGGUUUGGUUGAAUGGUCAGGUGUGGGGAAGGGGUUGACAGCAAGGAAAAUAUCUGCCAUGUUGAAGGAUUGUCCAUUACCAAGAGCAAGUGAGUGA